AAGCUCUUUCUGAACAAUCAAAUAACCAUGGUGCACCCUCAGGAAGUUGAUGUUAUCGUAGCUGGCGGUGGUCCGGCAGGAUCUGUUGUCGCAGGAAGGCUGGCCUAUGCAGACCCUACCUUGAAGGUUAUGCUCAUUGAAGCCGGUGCUAACAACCGAGAUGACCCUUGGGUUUACAGACCUGGUAUUUAUGUGAAGAAUAUGCAACGAGAUGGCAUCAAUGACAAGGCCACAUUCUACACCGACUCUCAACCGUCUCCGUAUCUGAGAGGAAGGCAAAGUAUUGUGCCGUGCGCCAACAUCCUUGGUGGAGGCAGCAGCAUUAACUUCCAGAUGUACACCAGGGCAUCCGCAUCUGACUGGGACGACUUCAAAAGCGAAGGUUGGACAGCCCAAGAUCUUGUGCCUCUCAUGAAGCGUUUGGAGAAUUACCAAAAGCCGGUUAAUAAUGAUACUCACGGAUAUGAUGGACCGAUUGCAAUUAGCAAUGGUGGACAAGUCACGCAACUUGCUCAAGAUUUCCUGAGGGCUUCAGAUGCUGUUGGAGUCCCGUUCAGCGAUGAUAUUCAAGAUCUCAAUACUUCACAUGCCUCUGAGAUAUGGGCCAAGUACAUCAACCGUCAUACUGGGCGCCGCAGUGAUGCUGCUACUGCCUAUGUACACAGUGUCAUGGAUGUUCAGAGCAACCUUUACUUGCGCACCAACGCACGCGUUUCACGUGUCAUCUUCGAGGGCAACAAGGCAGUUGGUGUAGCUUAUGUUCCGUCCAGAAACCGUGCUCAUGGUGCUGAAGUCCGAGAAACUAUUGUUCGGGCACGAAAGUAUGUCGUAUUGAGCAGCGGAACUCUCGGUACUCCUCAGAUCCUUGAACGUUCUGGUGUUGGAUCUGCCGACAUGUUGAGACAAUUGGACGUCAAGGUCGUUAGCGACCUGCCUGGCGUUGGUGAGCAGUACCAGGAUCAUUACACGACACUGUCUCUUUUCCGUGUAUCCAACGAAAGCAGCACGUUGGACGACUUCCUCCGUGGGAAUAAGCAAGCUCAACAAGAGCUCUUCCAAGAAUGGGAAGUCAGCCCUGAGAAGGCGCGCCUGUCAUCCAAUGCAAUCGAUGCUGGAUUCAAAAUCCGACCUACUGAGGAAGAACUCAAGGAGAUGGGUCCUGAAUUCGGUGCUCUUUGGGAUAAAUACUUCAAAGACAAGCCUGACAAGCCCGUUAUGUUCGGCUCAAUUGUCUCAGCAGCCUAUGCCGACCACACACUGCUUCCUCCCGGCAAAUAUAUGACUAUAUUCCAGUAUCUCGAAUAUCCUGCGAGUCGCGGAAAGAUUCACAUUUCGUCGACCAACCCUUACGCCGAACCCUUCUUCGACAGUGGCUUCAUGAAUGACAAGGCUGACUUUGCUCCGAUUCGCUGGAGUUACAAGAAGACCCGUGAAGUCGCGAGGAGAAUGGAUGCGUUCCGUGGAGAGCUCACCUCUCAUCAUCCUCACUUCCACCCUGCAUCACCUGCGGCAUGCAAGGACAUCGAUAUCAAGACGUCCAAGCAACUCAUGCCAGACGGGUUCACCGUUGGUAUUCACAUGGGUACAUGGCACAAACCCGGCGAACCUUACGAUGCUAGCAAAGUACACGAAGACAUCAAGUACACCGCGGAAGACGACAAGGCCAUCGAUGACUGGAUCUCAGACCACGUCGAGACCACCUGGCACAGCUUGGGUACAUGCGCUAUGAAACCGAGAGAAGAGGGUGGUGUUGUUGACGCGCGUCUCAACGUGUUCGGCACCCAAAACUUGAAGUGUGUCGACCUGAGUAUCUGUCCUGACAAUUUGGGUACGAACACCUAUUCUUCUGCUCUCCUGGUUGGUGAGAAGGGAGCUGAUCUACUGUGCGAGGACCUCGGCAUCAAAGUCAGGACGCCGCAUGCGCCCGUCCCUCACGCACCCGUUCCCAAGGGUAUUCCUGCCACACAGAUCCCCCGCUAGUUGAUCUUCCUCCAAUACUCAUUGAGCGAGAACAAUUCUCUCGUUAUCUUCACGAGUCGUGUAUAUUUAUGCUUCUGGGAUGUAUGAUUAUGUGUGUAUUUGCUGUAUUCGUGUAUGAUCACUGCUCGUGUAAGAUUUGUUUUUUUGUUAGCACGUAUGUCCUGUGUCCUGUAUGUAACCAUUUCUGGAAAUUCAUCAAGGCUACCAUGCCAAGUUUUACACUGCCAGUG